AUGGUCUUGGCAUGGGCAGGGACGUCAGAUAUGAGUUCGGGAAAUUCAUCCCUCUUGGACGAGAUUGUUUUACGAGGAAAUGAAUUAUACGGCAGCUUGCCUGAUGAUUUGUGUUUCAGUCAUCCAAAUUUGCCGCAGUUAAAUCUCCAAUCUAACAAACUCUCUGGCCAAAUCCCUUUUAGUCUUUCACACUGCAGCGCGCUCUACUUGAUAAACCUGUGCGCUAAUAAUUUCACAGAACGACCUCUUGCUUCUGCAAAUCUCUCUGCAUUAAAGUUUCUUGCUGUUUAUAAAAAUGGGUUGUCCGGAUCUUUACCCCAAGAUUUGUGUUAUAGAUAUCCAAAUCAGAAGCUGUUAAACGUUGGGAACAACCAAUUUCAUGGGUCAAUCCAUACAAGCAUAUCACGUUGUAGUGCCUUGAACACCAUUGAGUUAGGUUACAACAAGUUCACAGGUAGUGCUCCAGAUAAUAUUGGAAGGAACAUGACCAAGCUUCGACAUUUGGUUCUUGGACGCAAUGAUUUCACGGGCAACAUUCCUCGGUCCAUUGGGAAUAUGUCAAGCUUGUUGAUACUGACGCUGACAAGGAAUCCAUUCUCUGCGAGGAAUCCAGCAGAGCUGGCACAGAUCCCGCAAUUGGAAGUAAUAUAA